UAUAUGUGCUGCCUGAUUGCCUCAUUCUCCCUCCUUAGCUCAUAAGUUUAUUGCUCUUUCACAAAAAAAAGUAGAAAUAAUUUUUGCCAAUGGCUCUGCGUGGAGAUGAGCAUGAGUUUAUGAACUUAAGAGAAUGGGAUCGAAGAGCUCGAUUGAUCCGAGAAAACCCUACUUCAAGAAGGUUCUCUGCUUCCUACGUUGGAAGCUUUAGAGAAGAUCAUAAGUCUUCUUCAAGAACAAACUUAAGCAACAUCUCUAGUACUGCCUCUUCUCCUGGCUACACCCUCAAAGACGAGAUUGACCCAGCAACAUAUUCCUUCACCAAUGCACUCAAGGCGUUACAAGCGAAGACAAAGUUUAAUAACAGAGAAUGGUUAGCACAAGAAGGAUUUGCGUUGAAUUCGAAGUGGAACGAAGCAGAGAAAUAUAUAUGUAAUCCAGUGUCUGGAGAAGUUCCAAUGGAGUGUUUGUCUUCUAAAACACUAAGUGCAAGAUCUUUCAGAAACUUGACCACCAUGUCUGCUCCUCUUCACUACCCUAAUCUUAAUCCAUUGGUAAAUAAUAUUGGACCAAACAAACCUAAUGAUAAUCCCAACGUUAGAGUUAUCCACGAGGAUCUUUAUGCUCCUGAUCCUGUUCUUGUUCGAGCAGAAAAGAAAGUUGUGGGGCUGAAACAAGAUGUGGGCAUUCAGAGUACGUCGGUGGAUCUUAGCUCCGGUAGCCCUAGUCCGGCAAAGACGCCUACGAUCAUGGAACGGUCACUGAAACGACACGUGAAGGAUAAUGAUUCGCCAGUGGAUUUUACUCUCAAACUAGAAGGUCAACAAGAGGAUUUGAAGUUAGAAGAGAAGCAAGAAAUGAGAAAAGAAGGAGAAGAAACAGAGGACAAGCAAGAGAUGAGUAUUAAAGAAGGAGAAGAAAAAGAAGAGAAGCAAGGGAUGAGUACUAAAGAAGAAGAAGAGAUGCACGAGAUGAGUAAUAAUAAAGAAGAAGAGAAGCAAGAGAUGAGUAUUAAAGAAGAAGAAAAAAUGAAGAAGCAGAAGAAGAGAGGAGGUGGAUGCUUCUCAUGGAGAAGAUCAAAACAAAGAAAACCAAAGUACAUCUUCCCUAUUUGUGUUCCUCAUCUUGUCAAAGGUUGUUGAAACAACAAGAGUUUCUACAAAAGCAACAAGAAAGAACUUCUUAAUGAGGUUAUUAUUAUUAUUAUAAGUAUUAGUCUUCCCUCUUCAUAUAGAUAAAUUCAUCAUUCAUCAUGGGAAUGUCAAAAGCUUAACAGUUUCUUUUGCUC